UACGCCCACGUCGUCAGUCGUUGAGCAGCCUAGGUCCCAAUGGCAGUCGCAAUGGCACUCGGACCUCGCUGUCGGGAGGAUCGGGUUCUUGUCGACGCCGCAGCAUGUUUCUUGGCGGUUGACGGGCAUUUAUAGCGUCGAAACCGAACGCAAAUCGAUAUCAACCACCGAUGAACACGGUCGCGCCGGGGCCGGUGCUCGGGGCGUCGCCGCCACUGCGCGACAACCUCGUCGUCAUCCACCGCGGGUCGACGUCGUCUCUCGGUGCGUGGGUGCACCACGCGUCGUUGCGCGCGAUUCGAAAAACCAACCCGGCGCCGAUUUCGCUCGGCUGCCUCCGUUUGCACAACCCGCUGCGGCGGCUCUGCCUCGCGCUCGUCACGUCCAAGUGGUUUGAGCGCUUCAUCAUGGUGUGCGUGCUCGCCAACACGCUCCUCCUCGGGCUCGUCGACUACUCGAACGCCGUCGACGGCGUCCCAGACCCGACGAAUCACCGCAACAUGCUCAUCGACACGGUCAACGCGGUCUCGCUCUACGUCUUCCUCGUCGAAGCAAGCCUCAAGAUCAUCGCCUAUGGCUUUCUCAUCGGCAAAGGCACGUACUUGAGCGACGGCUGGAACCAACUCGACUUUGUCAUCAUCAUCUCGGGGACGUUCUCGCUCGUCUAUUCGUCGGCCAGGCUCGGGAUUCUCCGCGUGCUGCGAAUACUUCGGCCGCUCCGCGCACUCCACUCGGUGCCGGGUAUCGUACCACGUACCACCCCAGUAGGACCGCUGUAGACGAUCUGUGCGUAGGGCUCAAAGUGCUCACCGGGUCGCUGUUAUCGAGCUUGCCCGCGCUUGGAAACGUCGCCAUCAUCCUGGCCUUCUGCUACCUCUUCUUUGCGAUCCUCGGCAUGGAGCUCUGGCGCGGCUCGUGGCACUACCGAUGUCGCCUCACGCCCUUUCCUGUCACGCUCAACGCGUCAGUGUGGAACGUCUCGGCCAUGACGCCGACAACGAGCUACCUCGCGAGCGUCGUGGCGACACCGGACGCCUUCCGAUGCCUCUCGAUCGAGAACAACGAGUCGUGGCCGUCGCCCAUGAGCUGUUUCUGGCCCACCGACCCGGACGAAGAUCGCAGCACGCCGUGGCUGUGCAGCUCGUCGUCUUCGUGGGGGCGGCAGUGCGGCGCCAACCGAACGUGUGGCUCCAACUACGACCCGUUCGGCGCUCCGCGGUUUCUCGACCUGCACCUUCCAACGGCGCCCGACUACUCGCCCUUCUCGAUCAUGCGCCAGGCGGAAUUUAGCCCGAACCUCAACUUUGGCUUUACGAGCUUUGACAACGUGUACAGCGUCUUUGUCAUGAUCAUUAUGAUUGUCACGGCGUCCGGCUGGAUGGUGCUCACCGAGACCGCCCAAGACGCGGGCGGGUCGGUCGCGGGCUUUGUGUACUUCAACGCUAUUUUCUUCGUCGCCGGCUGCUUCCUGCUGCAGCUCAACAUGGCCGUCCUCUUUUCCGAGUUUGAAAAGGCCAAGGAGAACCAUACGACCGCCAUGGCUCACCAGCGGCGCGUCUCGCUCGCGAGCUACGCCGACAAGACGUUCAGUCGCAGCGUCCUCAAGCGGCCGUCGCUGCGCUUCUCAUCGGGCCACCACCACCGGAAGCACCACAAGUGGCCAGCGAUCGCCAAGCUGCGACAGCGCGCGCACCGGCUCAUUCGCACGCCGCUUUUCGCGACGGUGAGCAUGGGCAUGACUGUCAUCAACGUGAUUGUGCUCACGACCGACCACCACCCGAGCUCGAUCGAGUACCGCGAAGUGUGCGACAUCCUCAACGGCGUCUUCCUCCUCUACUUUUUCCUCGAGCUCUGCCUCAAGAUCACAGGCAUGGGCGUAUGGUCCUACUGGCACGACAAGUUUAACCGGUUCGACUGCUUUACGGUUGUCAUUGGCAUCAUUGAAAUGGUGCUCAAGCCGCCCUACUAUAUCGAUGGCACCGUCAGCGGCGCGUCGGGCUUCACCGCACUGCGCGCGUUCCGGGCCAUCAAGAUUGCGCGCGCGUGGAAGUCGUUGACGAAGCUGCUCGUGUCGAUCAUGGCUGCGAUGGGCGAGAUCCUCAACUUUCUCUUCUUCCUCAUGCUCUUCCUCUACAUAUUCGCGCUGCUUGGCAUGGAGGUGUUUGCGACCAAGUUUCAGUUUGACGCCAACAACUACCCGAUGCCCUUCAACUCGACGUCGCCGUCGACGCACCUGCACCGGUCCAACUUUGACACGAUUCUCUGGGCCUUCUUCACCGUCUUCCAAGUCAUCACGUACGACGGGUACCCGAAUGUCAUUUGGGAUGGCUGGAUCAGCGUCGGGGCCAUCGCGCCAUUGUACUUUUCGGCGAUCGUUGUCCUUGGGGUCUGGGUCGUCAUGAACAUGUUCUCGGCCAUCCUCGUCGAGAGCGUCAUGGUCGAGCCGCCAAAAGAAAGCAUGACAACGACGUACAGCUCGGAGGACAACGAUCUCCUUGGAAAAGACGACGACAACUCGGACGUCUCACUCAUUGGCCCACCGGUGCCAACGCGGUUGACGCGGCACAGCCAGGCCACGCAGCUUCGGCGGGUGCGCUUGGCGCUGCGCCGGCUCUUCCAGAUGCACGCGGCGACCGCGACGCGCGAUCCCGAGAUCGGUGUGCUGCACCUCUUGCACGAGAAGAGUCUCUGCCUCUUUGGGAGGCGGCAUCCGGUGCGCCGCGUCUGCAUCCAAGUGGUCGAGAGCCGUGCAUUCACGGUGGGCAUUUCGGUGCUGAUCGGCUUUUCGUGCAUCCUCACGGCCAUCGACUCGCCGCUCCUCGACCCAAAGUCGGACGUCGGGCGGCUCAUCAACACGUGCAACUACCUCUUUGCGAUUCUCUUCUCGGCCGAGAUGGUGCUGACUGUGAUUGCAAAAGGGCUCGUCUUUGGCGACGACGCGUAUCUCAAAGACGGAUGGCGCAUCCUCGACGCGUUCAUCGUCGCCGUCUCGCUCAUUCCGCUCAUGAUGCAAACGGCCUCGGCGGUCUCGAGCCUCCGGGCGCUGCGGUCGUUGCGCGCGCUCCGGCCGCUCCGCGUCAUCAACAAGCUGCCGCAGCUCAAGGUCGUUGUCAAUACGCUCUUCCGGUGCCUGCCCGACAUGGGCCGCACGUUUCUUUUUGUGGGCUUUAUGCUCUACAUCUUUGGGGUUAUGGCCACGAUCCUCUUCAAGGGCGCGCUUCAGACGUGCUCGUCGUCGCCGUACAACUACGGCACGAGCCAGGGACCGCCGCUGUGGUUUCCCGCCAACUACUCGGGCGUGUACUCGGCCUCGGAUAUUGCGACGUACGACAUCAUGACGCAUCCGCGCUUGGUAAGCGACAUGUACCCAGUGUCGCAAGCGAUCGCGCUGCCAGCGUACGCAGCCUGCAACCUCUCAACGUCGCUCCUACCAACGUCCAAGGAGGUGUGCCAAUGCUUCAACGCGACGUGGUCCCUCGCGACGCCCCAGGGCUUUGACAACAUUAUCUGGAGUGUCGGCGGCCUCUACGAGCUCACGACGCUCGAGGGCUGGAUCCAAGUGGCACUGGCGAGCAUUGACGCGGUCGGGCCCGACAUGCAGCCGAUCGUCAACCACCAGGUGUGGGUCAUGGCGUUCUGGUGGGUCUUUAUCAUCGUGUGCUGCUUCUUCGUCACCAACCUCUUCAUCGCGGUGCUCUGCGACGCCUUCAUGCGUGAAAACUACGGCACGCUCAUCACGGAGGAGCAAAUGCAGUGGAUCAAGCUCCAGCGCCAAGUGCUGGCGAUGCGGCCGCACGUCAUUCCACCCACCCCCCACGGCUCGUGGCGCCGGCUUUGCUACGACAUUGUGCAGUACCCGUACUUUGAACACGUCAUUACGAUCUGCAUUUUGCUCAACAUGCUUGCGAUGACGUCGCAAGCGUUUGGCCAAUCGGCGACGACGCUCUUUGCCUUCUCGCUGCUCAACUACAUCUUCUCGGCCAUCUUUGGCCUCGAAGCCAUCCUCAAGAUCUUGGCGUUUGGCAAAGCGUACUUUACCGAGGGCUGGAAUCGCUUUGACUUUGCGAUCGUCGUCUUCACCGCCGUGAGUUUGAUUCUCCCGCUCUUUACGAGCGUCGACCUCGGGACAGCGUCCACGGUCGUCCGCGUCUUCCGCGUCGGCCGCGCGCUCCGGCUCAUCAAGAAGGCCAAGAUCAUCCGCAACCUCUUUGACACGCUCACGGUGUCGCUGCCCGCGGUCGGCAACGUCACGUCGCUGCUCUUGCUGCUCUACUACAUUUAUGCCGCCGUCGGAGUCCAGCUCUUUGCCAAAGUCGGGUUUGAUGGCAACAUGAUCAACCGGCACCAGAACUUUCAGUCGUUCUGGACCACGUUCCAGAUGCUCAUUGGGUUCUCAACGGGCGAAAGCUGGGACAAUUUUACGUGGGAGAUCUACAAUAUGAGCCCGACGACCAACCCGAGCUGCGUCGAGCGGCAGUUCAACGCGUCCAUGUGCGGCUUCAACGACGCGCCGGGCUGUGCGCCCCUCGACGGCUGCGGCUCGUUUCUCAUCGUGCCGUACAUGUACUCGUUCUUCCUCGUCAUUGGCUACGUCGGCCUCAACGUCUUCUCGGGUAUCGUGAUUGACGCGCUCGAUGGCGGCGUCGACUCGCCCAUCAACCACAACACGCUGGCCGAGUUUACCGACAAGUGGGCGACGCUCGAUCCGCACGGGUCGGGGCUCAUCACGACCACGCAGCUCGCGGACUUUCUCAUGGCGACCAAGCCGCCCUUUGGCUUUCGCUAUGUGCCGGGCAUGAACCGCCGGCGCGUGCUCCAGGCCAUCGGGUUGCUGGACAUUCACAUUUACGACGGCCAAUUUGUCCACUUUAAAGACGUCCCGCGUGCGCUCGUGCAGCGCAUUCUGAGCGAAGGCGACCGGAAGAAGCUCUCGGAGAUCCAGCAACUCAUGCACACGAUGGGCAUCAACAAGCAGUUUGACGACAUGUGGUUUAGCCGGCGCGGGAAAGCCGAAGUUGCGCGCUUCAAGUCUUUUACCGCAGUCUCGGCCAAGCGCCACGUGGCCUCGCUCGUGAUUGCGCGCUUCAUCUACCGGUACCGCCAAGCCCAGGCGCUCGAGCGGGCGCGGGCCGAGUUUGCCGACACACGGAGUUUUUGCACCGUGACCGUGCUGCAGCGAGGAUCGUCUUCGAACCGCCCGACGAUGACCAAGUGGGUGUCACCGGACGCCUAA